CUCUUGGACUUUGGCCCGCGUUACGUCAUAGACAUGCGCGCGACGCCGCGCCUACGCAUUUUCCUGGGCGGGAACAGCAAAAUGGCGCCAGAACUAGUGGCGGGCUGAGGACGCCGUACCCCUCGGAAGCAGCCCUGCGGUUCCUUUGCCGCCCGUUCCCUCCCGGACAUGGAGGACGUGGAGGCGCGCUUCGCCCACCUCUUGCAGCCCAUCCGCGACCUCACCAAGAACUGGGAGGUGGACGUGGCGGCCCAGCUGGGCGAGUAUCUGGAAGAGCUGGAUCAGAUCUGCAUUUCUUUUGACGAAGGCAAGACCACAAUGAACUUCAUUGAGGCAGCGUUGUUGAUCCAGGGCUCUGCCUGCGUCUACAGUAAGAAGGUGGAAUACCUCUACUCACUCGUCUACCAGGCCCUUGAUUUCAUCUCUGGAAAGAGGCGGGCCAAGCAGCUCUCUUCGGUGCAGGAGGACAGGGCCAAUGGGGAUGCCAGCUCUGGGGCCCCCCAGGAGGCAGGGAAUGAGUUCCUGUCGCUGGAUGACUUCCCUGACUCCCGGACUAACGUGGAUCUCAAGAACAAUCAGGCGCCCAGUGAGGUCCUCAUCAUCCCCCUCCUGCCCAUGGCCCUGGUGGCCCCUGAUGAAAUGGAGAAGAACAGCAAUCCCCUGUACAGAGGGGCUUUCAUGUUGGAGCCAGAGGGCAUGUCCCCCAUGGAGCCAGCAGGCGUUUCCGUGCCAAGGACCCAGAAGGACGCAGGGAGGACUGAGGAGCAGCCAAUGGAAGUUUCUGUGUGCAGGAGCCCUGUGCCAGCACUCGGCUUCUCCCAGGACCCAGGCACCUCUCCAGAAGGCCCGACGCCCCUGGGCGGGGGUGAGGACGAGGAUGCAGAGGAGGCAGUAGACCUUCCUGAGGCCUCGGCCCCCAAGGCCGCUCUGGAGCCCGAGGAGCCCAGGAGCCCGCAGCAGAGUGCUGCCCUGCCCAGGAGGUACAUGCUGCGGGAGCGAGAGGGGGCCCCAGAACCUGCAUCCUGUGUGAAGGAGACUCCAGACCCCUGGCAGAGCCUGGACCCCUUUGACUCCCUGGAGUCUAAGCCCUUCAAGAAAGGUAGGCCUUACUCUGUGCCCCCCUGUGUGGAGGCGGCUCCGGGACAGAAGCGUAAGAGGAAGGGUGCUGCCAAGCUGCAGGACUUCCACCAGUGGUACCUGGCUGCCUAUGCUGACCAUGCUGACAGCCGGAGGCCUCGGCGAAAGGGUCCGUCCUUUGCAGACAUGGAGGUCCUGUACUGGACACACGUGAAGGAGCAGUUGGAAACUCUCCGGAAGCUGCAGAGGAGGGAGGUGGCUGAGCAGUGGCUGCCGAGGGCCGAGGAGGGGCUGUGGCCUGCAGAGGAGGACCACCUGGAGGAUUCUCUGGAAGACCUGGGGGCAGCAGCAGAUGACUUUCUGGAGCCUGAGGAGUAUGUGGAGCCUGAGGGAGCAGACCCCAGGGAAACUGCUGACCUUGACACAGUGCCGGUGUCCCUGAGCUACGAGGAGCUGGUUCGAAGGAAUGUGGAGCUCUUCAUCGCCACCUCCCAGAAGUUUGUCCAGGAGACAGAGCUGAGCCAGCGCAUCAGGGACUGGGAGGACACAGUGCAGCCUCUGCUCCAGGAGCAGGAGCAGCAUGUACCCUUUGACAUCCACACCUAUGGGGACCAGGUGGUCUCACGGUUCCCCCAGCUCAAUGAGUGGUGUCCCUUUGCGGAGCUGGUGGCUGGCCAGCCAGCCUUCGAGGUGUGUCGUUCCAUGCUGGCCUCCCUGCAGCUGGCCAACGACUACACAGUGGAGAUCACCCAGCAGCCUGGGCUGGAGACGGCUGUGGACACCAUGUCCCUGAGACUGCUCACACACCAGCGAGCCCACAAGCGCUUCCAGACCUACACUGCCCCCUCCAUGGCCCAGCCCUGAGUGGGGAGCAUCAAGGCAGGGGUGGGGGAUGUGUACUGAGGAGCCGUGCAUCUGCUCCUGACUGGCCCAGCCUAAUAAAGCAGUGUUGCCAUCUCAUCUUCCCCCAAAAACCCUUUUACGUACACCUGCCCUGCGCAGAGAAGAGGGCUGCCUGACCUCCAUGGGCUGCUGGUACAGAUCACACACGCACAGAUUAAACGCACCCUGUUUAAUGAUGGGGCCCAGGCUGCAGCAGGUCAAGACAGGACACUGCGGAAAGUCGCCAUGUGCCGCCGCACACUGUCUGAGAUCUGCUCAGCUGACCUGCUCCGGCCGUAGUAAUCGGUGAAGAGGCCGUCAGGAUUGAGCAAGUAGAUGGUAAUGGAGUGGUCCACAAUGUAGUCCUGGUCCUCAUCCUUGGGGCCGGCACUGUAGUACACACGGUAACUAUGAGUAGCCUGGGCAAUCUGUUCGGUGGAGCCGGUCAGACCCAGCAGUCUUGGGUGGAAGUCCUGGACAUAGCGGGCCAUGGCUUCAACGUCAUCCCGCUCAGGGUCCACAGUAAUGAAGACGGGCUGCACUGGAGGCAAACCAGGCUCUGCUUCCAGCUGCCGCACCACCUGCACCAGCUUCUCCAGCUCGUCUGGGCAGAUGUCAGGGCAGUGAGUGAAGCCAAAGUACAUCAGCACCCACUGGCCCCGGAAGUCAGCCUUGCAGCGAGCCUGGCCUUUGUGGUCCAGCAGGUGGAAGUCGCCCUGGCCCACAGCUGCCUGGCGCAGGGCUUCUAUUCGCUUUUGCUGCUGCAGCCUCUCUUUGUCAGCCCUCAGGGCCAGCCAGGCCCCACCAAGUCCAGCUCCAAACAGGGCUGUGAUCAACAGCCUGGUUCGAAGCCCAGGGCCCUGAGGCUGGCCCUGCCUACCUGUCUCUGCAGGGCCCUGCCUUGACAAAAACCAGGACCUCAGAUGCAGGGCCCGGCCUCCCAGGGUCCCAGGGAGGACUGGGGGCUUGAGGUGAGAGAGCCUGUGCCAAGCCGUGGGGCUCCGAGUCAGCAGCAGCAUGGAUCUGAUGCGCCUGGAAACAAGCACAGGUGUCAGGAGCCAGAAGGGAACGCCCAGGACGGUGCCUGGGCUGCCCCUGCGACUCUGGAGAGACCAGUCACCCAUCCGAAGGACCCAGCCCACGUUCAGGCUUAACAGGCGUUUGUAACUGCUCACCUGAGCUCAGAACACCUCCACCAAACAUCCACAUCUGUCACUCCUGUCCUCCACCUGGGAUCACCAGCCUGCGACCACACCUUGCCCUGCACCUCAGCAAGAUGAACCUCUUGCUGACUGAAAGCAUUCCAAGUGCAUGCCUUGCCUGAACUCCUAACCACGUUAUCUAUUUGCAAUAAACUCAUUUCUUAAAAGGA